AUGAACUUAAAAGAAUAAGAAUCAAUUAAUGAUUAUUUUAAGGAUGAUUCAAAAUUUAUUGGAGAAUUCUAAUUGCCUGAUUAUAAGGUAAUGCGUGGAUAUAUUGGUGGAUAUGGAGAUGAAUUGAGACUAUAUUACACUAAAUUUGAUCCACCAAAUAAAAAAGCAUCUUUAUGCAUUGUUCAUGGCUUUGGAGAACAUUAAGGAAGAUUUUUACAUGUAUGUGAAAACACUAUAUAUUGAGAUUGCUGAUAUUUUUGCUAAAAUGAAUUAUGCUGUUCAUUUAAUAGAUUUAAGAGGAUUCGGAUAUUCAGGAGGUCCAAGAGGAUCAUAAACAUUAAAAGAAUUACAUAUGGACAUCGAAGUCUUAUUAAGACAAGUAUCUAAAGAUAUUCCAUUAUUUCUUUAUGGCCAUGCAAUGGGUGGUUUACUCAUAAUUAGUUUUUUAAUUAGGAAUCCUUAAUUAAAAGUAAGAGGGAUUAUAACUACUGCCCCAAUGCUUGGAUUUCCUAUGGAUAGAAAACUGAAGGGAAUCAAAUAUAUUGCAGUUAAAUAUUUUGGACAUUACAUGGAAGUAUAAAAUUAUGAUUAUUUAUUUUUUUUGUAGGAUUUAGUAAUAAAUACUAAACUGAACAUUACUGGAAUGAGCAAAAAUGAUCAACAUAUUUAAAGAUGUUUUGAAGAUAAGUUAAUGAUGCCUUUACUGGGUAUUGGUAUGGCCAAAAGUAUUCUUGAAACUUUAAAUUAUAUGGAGUCAAAAGUUUAGACAUUUAAAUACCCCAUCAUAAUUUUACAUGGUAAACAGGAUGCUGUUUCAAGUUAUCAUGAAAGUGUAAGAUUUUAUGAAAAAUGUGGUAGUCAAGAUAAAUCAAUUAAAUUGUUUGAGAAUGGUUAUCAUGAACUGUAACAUGAUUUUGAAUUUGUUGAAAUGAAACAAAUAAUUAUUGAUUGGUGUUCUAUACGAUUGCAAAAAGCUGAGCCAUUUGGUAAAUAUCUAUAAAUAUUUAGGUAUUUUAUUGCAAUCAAGAUUAAAUUAUGGUAUUCCUAUUGGAAAGAAUAAUAGCAUCAAAAUUCUGAUGGGUUUACUUUUCUUGCUAUUGUAUUUAUUAGUGAUUUUGAAAUUUAAGAGAAGAUUCUAAAAAUAUUAAUAUCCGAUUAUUCCUUUGAUGAUAAUAUAUAGAUAUUAUAAUAAAAAUUUAUGAAAAAUUUUAGACGAAACUUUAAUCAAACAAACAGACCUUUUAGAAAUAAUAGAGGACCUCGAUCUAAUUUCAAAAGAAAAUUCAGUAAAGAUGAUAAUGAUCACAAAAACAAUAAUUAAUGUAAAUGGCUUAUUAUAGACUAUCCAUUUAAUAGCCGAUAGGAGACCAUUCAAAAGAAGUUUUAGAUUCAAAAAGUCUGGUAAAUUUGAUGCAUUCAGGACUGGAAAAAGAAGAUUUAGAAAGUUGUCUGAAAAUAAAGGUGAAAAUUUAGAAAAUAAAUUGGAUAAAUAAUUAGAAUAAUAUAAGAGUGGAUAAUAAGUUGUAGGAAAUAGUGGUAUAAAUUUUGAUUUAUUUAAUAGCAUCUUCUAAAUUAGACAAUGCAUUAGAUGCAUAUUUUUCUAGAAAAGGAUCAAAUACAAAAGAAAAUAACUUAGAUAAAGAAUUAGCAAGUUAUUGGAAAAAAAAUAAUUGAU